AUGUCGUUUCAACAAAUUCCUGUGAUUGACUUGAACCGGGCUUUAGAUCCAGCUACAAAGCCUCAGUUUUUAGAAGAGCUUAGGCAUGCAUUGAUUGAUGUUGGAUUUUUGUUGUUGACUAAUUACCAGAUUUAUGGUCCAGACGAGAAAGACUUUAAAGCCAUUAAGGAACAAGCAGUUGAAUUUUUUAAUCUUCCUGAUCAUGUUAAGAGAGAAUGUGAGAUGAUCAACUCUCCUCAUUUCUUGGGGUAUACUAAGUUGGCCAACGAGAUCACCGCCAAACAUACAGACUGGAGAGAACAAAUCGACUUGGGAACUGAACUUCCACCCCCCAGGCCCGAUGAACCUAUCUAUAAGAAUAUUGAAGGCCCAAAUUUGUGGCCUGAUGAGAACUAUAUACCUCAGUUUAAGAGUACUAUCUUGAACUACCAUGACAAAAUGUUUGCUUUAAGCAAAGAAUUUCGCAAGCUUGUGUGUGAAUCAAUUGGCUUACAACCAGAUGCUUUGGAUCGCUACUUUAAGCCUAUUCAACAGUGUAAGAUGAAAUUAAUUGCGUAUCCUGAUUCUUCGCAGCUAACAAACGAAAAGUCAGAACACAACGAAGAUACCCCAAGCACGGGCCAAGGUUGUGGUCCGCAUCGUGAUUCUGAUUUUUUGACUUAUAUCUAUCAGGCUACUAAUCAUACUGAUUCAUUACAAGUACAAAACUUUCAAGGCAAGUGGAUCACCGUCCCAUAUGUUGAAGAUGCUUUGGUUGUCAAUGCGGGACAGACUCUUGAAGCGUUAACGCAAGGUGUCUGUAAAGCAACAAUCCACAGAGUCCUUGUGCCCAAAGCUGGUUCGGGUACUAGAUUAUCCAUCCCAUUUUUCCUGACAAUAGAUCUUGAUUCCUACAAGACUGCGGUAGAUAUCCCACCUGAGAUUUUGAAACUUAAAGAAGAAAGAGACAAGAAAAUAAAGGAUUGGGCCGUAGAUGUUGGGUUUCAAUUUACUCCAGAUCCCUCAAAGAACCCAGUAGGAUUUGCUGUAUUCAGGAAUAGAAUAAAGUCACAUCAAGAUGUAGCUGCUAAAUGGUAUCCUAAUAUUUUGAAGGAAGUUUUGGCUGAAUAUUAG